AUUUCUCCUUACUUCUCCCCCUCUACUUUCAACGCGAGAGCCUGCCGUCUUGGUAUUUGGUAUUAAUUCCCAUCUAUAGACAAUAUAGUUGCGCUCAUCAAGCAUUCUUGGCGCGUCUUCGAUGACCACAUUACCCUCCUCACAAUGAUACUCCGACUGCAAAGUCUUGCUUUUCUCCUUGGUCUUAUUUCUACGGCCAAUGGCCUGCAGCCCUCGGAUAUCCCUUCAGAUACGCCGCUCUCAUCUCUCAUCUCUACUGCUAAAUCUUACCUCAAAAAUGGCGUCCCUCAAGAUGCACUGCCUUACUUCGACGCUGCAAUUUCUCGAGACCCCACGAACUAUCUGACUAUCUUCCAACGCGGAGCCGCCUACCUUUCUCUUGGCAAAAAUACCAAGGCCCUGCUAGAUUUCAAUGACGUACUGAAAAUCAAGCCAGACUUCGAGGGUGCUUUGAUACAACGGGCUAGAAUUAGGUUGAAGUCGGCAGAUUGGGAUUCUGCAAAGAAAGAUCUGGAAGCUGCGGGGAAGAACACUGCCACGGAAAUUGGGGAACUCAAAGAAGCUCGGGAAGCUGCGCACUUAGCUGAGGUUGCGGAAAAGAAUGGUGACUGGGAUACUUGUGUAUUGCAAUCUGGAGUUGCUAUCUUGAAGGCGAGCCAAUCCUUGUCCCUACGACAGUUGCGGGCACGAUGCCGCUUUGAACGGGGUGACAUCCAAGAAGGAAUAAAUGACCUAGCGCGUGUUUUGCAAAUGGCUCCUGGCUCGGUAGAGCCGCAUCUAAAAAUGUCUUCAAUGCUUUUCUACUCGCUGGCGGAUACGGAACAUGGGAUAGCGCAAAUGCGGAAAUGUCUCCAUUCGGAUCCCGACUCCAAAGCGUGUAGCCGCCUAUUCAAAAGAGAAAAGUCAAUAGCGAAAAAGUUGGCUAACAUCGAGAGUCUUCGCGAAGGACGGAAGUUCAGCAAGGCUGCUGAGAUCUUGGUUGGUAAUAAGGACGAAACAAGCCUUCUCGAAGAGAUAAAGGAUGAUGUGAAAGCGGCUCGUGAGACUGGCUAUAUCCAUCCAAAAGCGCCAAACACACUCUAUAACAAUUUAGUCGAGAGGACUUGCGAAACAUAUAGACAGAUGAAUUUGAAAAAAAAAGCACAAUCGUACUGCACAGAAGCCUUGGAGCUGAAUCCCCAUUCCCUCCCUGGCCUCCUCUCCAAAGCCGAAGCGCAGCUCGACGCUGAUGAAUUUGAAGCGGCUAUUCAAACCCUCAAGUUUGCCAGGGAGCACCACGACAACACUCAAGAUAUCCAAUCCCUCCACCAGAAAGCUCAGAUCCUCCUUAAACGCUCGAAACAAAAGGACUACUACAAGAUCCUCGCUGUCGACCGUGAGGCGGACGACAGGACUAUCAAGCGUGCAUAUCGCAAGAUGACCAAACAAUUCCAUCCGGAUAAAGCGAUUUCACAAGGUAUUUCCAAGGAGGAUGCGGAGAAGAAAAUGGCUGCCAUUAAUGAGGCAUAUGAAGUCCUUUCGAACCCCGAAUUGCGCGCUCGUUUCGAUAGUGGCGAAGACCCUAAUAAACCAGAGGGCCAGGGCAACCCGUUCCAGGGCGGUCCGUUCGGACCUCAUGGAGGCCAGGGACAACAAUUCUUUUUCCAGCAGGGAAGCGGAGGCCCGCAUUUUAAGUUUUCAGGUGGAGGCUUUAAUUUCCCUGGAGGAUUUCCGUUUGGUUAAUAUAUUCUUUUAUAUUGGUUUCGUCUUUUCCUAUUUCCCAUCUCGUCACUGUUGUUUAUAGCAUGUCGUUUUCUUCUUUCCCUUUCCCGCCCCUGUUCCGCCCAAACAAUCUCAAUAUUCUCCUUGUUUUCCUUUUCUCCUCUCUCGUCCCUCAGGAAGAUUUCAAGGCUAAAAAUGCUCAUUUCUCUUAUCAUCAUCAACUACUCUCUUUUACUUGUAGCUUUUCCGGUCUUACGCGUCAUUUUCUGUACAUAUCCAUCACUUCUUUGUUAUCUCCUUUUGCUAGAAUUGGUGAAGGGCACUUUGUUCAAACUACAGACGACAAGUUACAUAGGGUUCUGAUCAUGGAUGCCUGUAAAACAUAACCUUUAUGACCUUCUCUUUUAGGAACUUUAUUGAGCUAAACGGCUGUCCUUCGCCUUACGUUCCUUUCAUGAGAGGGAAAGAUUGGGUUUCAUUUGGUUGACCUUUCGUAGGAAAUAAAACGAAUGAGUGUGUCAUUUAUUAGUUGGCCAAUUCUUUAGCUCGUUUCCCCUCGUUAUGCGAGCCGAAUUUCAGGCAUCUGUAAUAGACCUUGGAAGUGAGAAAACCCCUUCUCCCAUAACCAAAUUUUGAAGGAUUAAUAAUACGAUAUAUAAUAAUAAUAAUAAAAGCUAUGCAUAAAAAUAUAAUUGGAGAGUGAGACAUGAAAACCGAAUUAUUCAUCGCUCACAUUGUUUGACGCCAUCACACCCUCUCUUUCGGUGCAUCUGUCAACGGCACAUAACUAACCCCAAAAAUCUUCUCCUUUACCACGCUGCCAUCAUUAUUUUUAUCCACAACCCACACAUUCUGCGUGCCACCACCCAGGCCAAACGACCCCACUCCAUUUCCCCCCGCAGACUCGACAGGAAUAAACAUACGGCCAGGCGCGCGGAGCUGAUCAAUCAGCGUCGGAUGUAUCAUCUCUGCCGCUGCACCAACGUGGAUGGCGUCAUAAGGUCCGCCCUCUGGAUACCCUAGCCUGCCAUCGCCAAGGACAAAACGAACUUUUCCCGACUCGAGAAGAUCGCGGCCCGACUGGGAUUUGGCCAUGUUUGUAUUACACAUGUCGACUAGGGCCUUAAUGUGGUCAAUGCCGAUAACAAUACCCUUAGACGGAGUAGAAGCAUCGUCUGUAAUGAGGUUGGCGAAAACAUGGGUUAAGUAGCCCGAGCCCGAGCCAAUGUCCAGCACACGUGAAUCCCGGUUCAGGUAUGGGAGGAGUAAUUC